AUGGAUCACCUGCAAAGCCUAGAAAGGAGCCUCCCGCCAGAAAGUGCAGUGGAUGAUCAGAACAUUGACAAACUGAAUCAACAAGUCACCCAAGAAUUCAAAAUAGCCGCCAAUGCCGUCACGAAUCUAUAUCGGCUAUCCUCAGAACGAAGCUCGCUCAACAGGCAUAUGGGGUAUGUAGAUUGUCUAGAUGAUGUCAUGGAACUAUUGGACAAAGGAUUCUCCGUGCACGACUUGGCCAAAUGGUGUAAGGAUCGCAAGCAAGAAAAAGUUGGAAAGGGAACUUUACAAAAAGCAAACGCCUCCGAGAUAGACCUCAAAUCGACAAGAAACAGCACAAGCCGUGAUACGUCUAGUAUCACCAGUCCAACCUUUCGUCUAUCACGGCCAAUAAUGUCAGUGGAACGAGGUUCUAAACGCUGUGUGAAACCUCAACUCACAGAGCGAUUUGCACAGCAAAGAGGUAACGCGCCAAUCCCCGGUGAUGCCAAACGCAAAACCAAGAAGGUAAAACCGAAAGUUAACGAGCUUGUUAUUCUGGAAUCUUCGCAAACCUUCCACGUUACGAAGCCAAAAUGA